AUGCGCGUGCUACAGGCCAUACUGGAGACCUCUUCCAGAUUACCUCCAGAAUCGUAUCAGAAGCUAUCUAGAUGGAUCCACGUAAAGGAUAUUUCGUGUACCUUUUUUUUAAUCAUGCAAGCAUCCAUGUAUUAUUACAGAACACGUGAAAAUCCUUUCAUCGUGGCAUUAUCAGGAUACAUCUCAGUGCUGGUGUUUCAAAUGGAUAUGCAAUAUAUGAACUGUGUUUGUGUAUUAAAGGCUUGUUUUAAGAGAAUCCAUGAUAAUCUGGUGCACAUGCAAAAGAUUGUAGCAAACGAUGCAUCAUACACUUUCAGAACGAUCUGGCAUACGCAGAAAAAUCAAUUCUUACGGGUAGAACUCAAGAUCUUGAAAAAGCAGCAUUUAAUGAUCAGCAACACAGUGCAAAUGCUGAACGUAAUCUUCAGUCUACAGCUACUUGUUACUACAGCCUUAACGUUUACUGAAAUCACUUUUGAAUUGUAUUCUCAUUUACUGCGAUGGCAAAAUGGACUGUCGUUCGUUUUGGAUGAUGAGAUUUGUGACGUGUUUUUCUUAAUGUGUAUAGCGUAUGAAUUUUUAAAGUUAAUAAUGAUAGUAUGGGCUUGUGAAACCAAUAAGAAUCAAGCAUUUGAGAUCGGUACCAUUGUUCAUGACGUACUUAAUCGCACCAGCAAUGCGCAAAUUAAACAAGAG